UUUUGUUCGCUGCGUCUCCUUUAAGCGAUGUUGGGUGGAGGCUGUGAGAGUCAGAGCGACGCUGCCGAAGUCGAAGUGGAGGUAAACAGAAAGAAGAACGGACCGUGAACGCGACACGGAGACACAGUCCACAGGUCGGUGGGGGUUCGAGGGCUUCAAUGGUGUUGUCAUGGUGAAGGAUGUUCCGGAAAGUCAAAAAGCGCCACAGCAGCAGCAGCUCGCAAAGCAGUGAGAUAAGCACGAAGAGCAAGUCUGUGGACUCCAGUUUGGGGGGUCUCUCCAGAUCCAGCACAGUCGCCAGCCUUGACACAGACUCCACCAAGAGCUUAGGUAACAGUGCAUCUGACGCAUGUGCUGAGUUCCGGGUGAAGUAUGUGGGAGCCAUGGAGAAGCUACAGUUUGACAUGAGCAAGACGCUCCAGGAGCCUCUGGACCUCGUCAACUACAUCGAUGCUGCGCAGCAAGACGGAAAGCUGCCCUUCGUGCCCGCAGAUGAGGACAUGAUCCUGGGAGUGUCCAAGUACGGCGUGAAGGUGGCCUCACUGGACCAGUGUGAUGUGCUGCAUCGCCACCCUCUGUACUUGAUCUUGCGUAUGCUGUGUUACGACGAUGGCCUCGGUGCAGGGAAGAACCUCCUGGCUCUCAAAACCACUGACCCGGGACAAGAGGAGUGCAGCAUCUGGGUUUACCAGUGCAGCAGCUCAGAGCAGGCUCAGUCCAUCUGCAAAGUGCUGUCGGCUUCUUUCGACUGCGCUCUGACGUCAGACAAGUCCUGAGGCCGGAGAUGGGGACGGGUGCUGACAUCUGUCAAGAUGAGAGGUGAAACAACUGCAAACCAAGCAACAGCUAAUAAGAAAACAAUCAUGACCGCAUAAUGAUUGCCCAAAAGAAAAACAAGCGACUUUUACCCUUUUUUCCCCCAACUGCUGUGUGUUAUCUUUGACAGAUUAACUGCAGGGCAAAUCCACUGUGAUCAGGAAAACACAACUCAAGCCUUUGUCUCGUGUCACACAGUAUGCGUUAGGCUCAGUCACCUUCCCUCCCUUCUCCAUUUGAGAGAGAACCACAGUGAUUUGUCUUCAUCGUUUCCCCUGGAAUUAACUUCCUUUACCUCACAUGUUUCUUUAACCUUUCAAAAUAAAGUUUAGAAAGGAGAGAAACGGUUGCAUGUUUAAAAAAACAGAAAAAACAUUCUACACAGUGUUAUGUAAAUGAAUCCUAUUUAAUAUAAAUCAUGGUACAAAAUGGUACAUCACGCUGAGUCCCAUUCUCCACCCUGCUUGAUAACUCAUGGGAGACGUUAAAACUCCAAGGUACACAGUGUUUUCAACGUGCACAUGGUUUGGUUCUCUUCAUGUGGAAACGCACUCGGAUCCCUUCAGAGGUUUCGAAAUUAUUUUGUGUCUUUGUGUUUUGUUUUUCGAACAGUAUUGGUUCAAUAGCAGUCACCAUUUGACUGGAAGGUACGUCGCCAAGAGGCUUUAACUUUUUCAACUUGUAGGAGCCGAAUCAGACUUUUUUUCUUUACACUGUACGUUGUUUUUUACCCAUUUUUUAAGUGACAGUUUUGUCCACUGCAGAUUUCUUGGUACCAAAACCUUGAUGUAUUGUCUGAUUUGUUCAGUCCUUGUUUUAACACCUGACUCCAGAGAAAUCUUCAUCAGUUGUUAAGUAGCAUUAGAAAGAUUUUGGAGAUUAUGAAAUGGGUUAUGAAAGGAUUUGAUGUGGCAGAAUAAAGGAGAGUUGUUUUUGACAAGUA